AUGUAUACGUCGUACCUCGGCGCGACAGGCGUCAAUGGCCGUCUCGUGCUGACGCUGCUGCUGCUGAGCUACGCGCUGGCGCAGGCGGCGCUCGCGAUGCUCGACUGGUUCAUGGGCUUUUGGUCGACCCACGCGGCGUUCGAGGACCGCUUGUCGUCCGCGUGGAUCUACCUCGGUAUGACGUUUGUGGCGAUUCUCCUCGUCUUGGGCCGCAGCUUCUACGUGCUCUCAAUCGUGCUCAAGAGCUCCAAGUCGCUGCACCAGCGGCUCUUCACCAAGGUGCUCGGCGCGCCUGUCAACACCUUCUUUGACUUGACGCCGGUUGGUCGUAUUCUCAACCGGUUCUCGAGCGAUUUGGACCAAGUCGACUCGCAGCUGCCGUUUUUUGGGAUCCUCUUUCUCCAGUUUUUGUUUCAGAUUCUCGCCGUCGCGGUCGUGUGUGCUGCCACGUCACCGUUCAUUCUGAUUCUGUACCUCCCGCUCUUUUACCUCUUUUACAAGAUCCAAGUCUACUACAACGUGACCGCAAGCGCUCUCAAGCGCAUGGACUCGACGACGCGGUCGCCGGUCGUCAACGUCAUCGCCGAGACGAUCAACGGCCUCUCGACGAUUCGGGCGUUUGGCAUGAGCAGCGUCUUUGCCGCCAAGGGCCGCGCCGCCUUGGACUACAACCAGCGCUUCUUCCUCGUCUAUCAAGUCGGUACGCGUUGGCUGCAGAUGCGCCUCGAUUGGGUCUCGGCGGCCAUCAUCGCUGGCGUCGCCUUCCUCGCUGUCGCCACGAAAGCGUCGAUUGGCGUUGCUGCCGCCGGCCUCGCGCUCACGUACGCGGGCCAAAUGUCGGCGUUCCUCUCGCGCACGACCAUGUUCUUUUCGUUUGUCGACAACAUCAUGACGUGCGUCGAGCGCCUCGAGGACUAUGCGACCUUGCCAACCGAGGGUGACACCAAGCUCAUGGCCAAGCAGGCACAACUUUCCAACUAA